UGUAAUCUACACAAUACAGCACUAGAUGCUCACAAUACAGCACUAGAUGCUCACAAUACAGCACUAGAUGCUCACAAUAUAGCACUAGAUGCACACAAUACAGCACUAGAUGCACACAAUACAACACUAGAUGCACACAAUACAGCACUAGAUGCCCACAAUACAGCACUAGAUGCUCACAAUACAGCACUAGAUGCUCACAAUACAGCACUAGAUGCCCACAAUACAACACUAGAUGCACACAAUACAACACUAGAUGCACACAAUACAGCACUAGAUGCCCACAAUACAGCACUAGAUGCACACAAUACAACACUAGAUGCACACAAUACAGCACUAGAUGCAGACAAUACAACACUAGAUGCUCACAAUACAACACUAGAUGCUCACAAUACAACACUAGAUGCACACAAUACAACACUAGAUGCUCACAAUACAACACUAGAUGCUCACAAUACAACACUAGAUGCUCACAAUACAACACUAGAUGCUCACAAUACAACACUAGAUGCACACAAUACAACACUAGAUGCUCACAAUACAGCACUAGAUGCUCACAAUACAGCACUAGAUGCUCACAAUACAACACUAGAUGCCCACAAUACAACACUAGAUGCUCACAAUACAGCACUAGAUGCAGACAAUACAGCACUAGAUGCACACAAUACAACACUAGAUGCUCACAAUACAGCACUAGAUGCACACAAUACAACACUAGAUGCUCACAAUACAACACUAGAUGCUCACAAUACAGCACUAGAUGCUCACAAUACAGCACUAGAUGCACACAAUACAACACUAGAUGCAGACAAUACAACACUAGAUGCAGACAAUACAGCACUAGAUGCACACAAUACAACACUAGAUGCAGACAAUACAACACUAGAUGCAGACAAUACAACACUAGAUGCACACAAUACAACACUAGAUGCACACAAUACAGCACUAGAUGCACACAAUACAACACUAGAUGCUCACAAUACAGCACUAGAUGCACACAAUACAACACUAGAUGCAGACAAUACAGCACUAGAUGCAGACAAUACAACACUAGAUGCACACAAUACAACACUAGAUGCUCACAAUACAACACUAGAUGCACACAAUACAACACUAGAUGCAGACAAUACAACACUAGAUGCAGACAAUACAGCACUAGAUGCAGACAAUACAACACUAGAUGCACACAAUACAACACUAGAUGCAGACAAUACAACACUAGAUGCACACAAUACAACACUAGAUGCAGACAAUACAACACUAGAUGCAGACAAUACAACACUAGAUGCAGACAAUACAACACUAGAUGCACACAAUACAACACUAGAUGCUCACAAUACAACACUAGAUGCACACAAUACAACACUAGAUGCACACAAUACAACACUAGAUGCACACAAUACAGCACUAGAUGCUCACAAUACAACACUAGAUGCACACAAUACAACACUAGAUGCUCACAAUACAACACUAGAUGCUCACAAUACAGCACUAGAUGCUCACAAUACAACACUAGAUGCUCACAAUACAGCACUAGAUGCUCACAAUACAGCACUAGAUGCACUUACCAUUUCUGACCUAAUUUACUUAUAA